AAAGCUUUAUGUAUUCCUUCAUUUCAUCUCACUUCAAACACUUUCUUGGAUUUUGUAUUUCUCUGUCCUGAGAACCUUUCUAGUUUCUUGCAAUGGGGAUUUUCCCACCAUGUUCUUCUACUGAUAUGUUGGGGAAAUUGCUGGAGACGGUUUGUGGAAAGAAUCGAGACAAACCCAUAGAAAUUGAGAAUGGAGAGCGCCCAAAGAUCAAAGGGACUGUCGUUUUGAUGAAGAAGAACAUUUUGGACGUGAAAGAUGUUGGUGCCUCUAUACUUGAUAGACUGCAUGAGCUCUUCCACAGAGGCGUCUCCAUUCAGCUCGUCAGUGCUGAUCAGAUUGAUCCAGAAAACGGGAGAGGAAAGCUUGGAAAAGCAGCAAUCUUGGAGAAGUGGAACGCAACACUCACAUCAGUAUCAGCUACAGAUGUUAAAUUUGACGUCAAUUUUGAGUGGGAUGAAUCCAUGGGAGCUCCUGGUGCUCUUAUAGUUAGAAACCACCACCAUAGUCAGUUCUACCUCAAGACAGUCACCCUGGAUGAUGUUCCUGGACAUGGUCAACUCCACUUUGUCUGCAAUUCUUGGGUCUAUCCUCAACAUCGUUACAAAUACAAUCGUGUCUUCUUUGCUAACAAGACAUACCUGCCAAGUAAUACACCAGAGGCACUGCGGCCCUACAGAGAAGAAGAGCUUGAUAAUCUUCGAGGAAAUGGAACGGGAAUGCUUAAAGAAUGGGAUAGAGUUUAUGAUUAUGCAUACUAUAACGAUUUGGGAAACCCUAAUGGGGGACCGGAACAUGAACGUCCGGUUCUUGGUGGAUCUAAGCAGUAUCCAUAUCCCCGCAGAGGAAGAACAGGUCGUGCACCAACUAAAAAAGAUCCCACAACAGAAAGCAGAUUGCGGCUUCUAGAUUUAAGCAUUUACGUUCCAAGAGAUGAAAAGUUCAGUCACGUGAAAUUUGCAGAUUUCAUUGCCUAUGCUGUUAAAUCUGUGGGUCAGGUGCUGCUCCCAGAGGUUGCAUCUGUGUUUGACAAAACUUUCAACGAGUUUGACAGCUUUCAAGAUGUAUUGGACCUGUAUGAAGGAGGAAUUAAGCUACCUUCUCGUGCUAUGGAUAAGCUCAAGCACUGCAUCUCAUGGGAGCUGCUCAAAGAACUUGUCCGUUCCGAUGGUGAGGGAAUGAUGAAAUUCCCAGUUCCUAGUGUAAUCAAAGAGGAUAAAACUGCCUGGAGAACAGAUGAAGAAUUUGGCCGCGAAAUGCUAGCUGGAGUAAAUCCUGUAAUUAUCCGGAGUCUACAGGAAUUUCCACCUACUAGCAAGUUAGACCCCAUAGUGUACGGCAAUCAGACCAGCACAAUCGGAAGGGAGCACAUUGAGAAAAACAUGAAUGGGCAAACUGUAGAUGAUGCACUGAGGCAAAGCAAACUAUUCAUAUUAGACCAUCAUGAUGCAUUGAUGCCAUACCUUAAAAGGAUUAACACAACCACCACAAAAACCUAUGCCAGCCGCACCAUCCUCUUACUCCAAGAUGAUGGUACACUGAAGCCACUAGCAAUUGAGUUGAGCUUACCACAUCCACAAGGAGACAAACAUGGUGCCCAGAGUGAAGUAUUCACACCAGCUGAACAUGGCACUGAAGGCUCAGUUUGGCAGCUCGCAAAGGCUUAUGUGGCUGUAAAUGAUUCUGGCUACCAUCAACUCAUAAGUCACUGGUUGUACACUCAUGCAGUGAUAGAGCCAUUUAUAAUUGCAACCAACAGGCAUUUAAGUGCGCUGCAUCCAAUGUACAAGCUUCUGCAACCCCAUUUCAGGGAUACAAUGAACAUAAAUGCCUUGGCAAGGCAUACCCUCAUCAAUGCAGGUGGGGUACUAGAGAUGACAGUCUUCCCAUCAAAAUUUGCGCUGGAGAUGUCUUCUGCUGUUUAUAAGAAUUGGGUUUUCCCAGAGCAAGCACUCCCUGCUGAUCUUCUUAAAAGAGGAAUCGCAGUUCCAGACUCAACUAAGCCCCAUGGCCUCAAGCUCCUAAUAGAAGAUUAUCCUUUUGCUGUUGAUGGGCUCGAAAUUUGGUCAGCAAUUGAAGAAUGGGUCAGGGAGUACUGCUCAUUCUAUUAUCAUAAUGAUGGCAUGGUACAAGGUGAUUCUGAACUCCAGUCAUGGUGGACAGAGUUACGCAAUGUUGGACACGGUGACUUGAAAGAUGAGCCAUGGUGGCCUCAAAUGCAGACAAGAGAUGAACUUGUUCAAGCAUGUACUAUCAUCAUUUGGAUAGCUUCUGCUCUUCAUGCUGCAGUAAAUUUUGGGCAAUAUCCUUAUGCUGGCUACCUUCCUAAUCGUCCAACUGUGAGCCGCCGAUUCAUGCCCGAGCCAGGCACUCCUGAAUACGCUGAGCUCGCGUCAAACCCUGACCUGGCAUUCCUCAAAACCAUUACAGCUCAGUUCCAGACCCUCCUCGGCGUGUCAUUAAUAGAGAUACUGUCACGACAUUCUUCAGAUGAGAUUUACCUUGGUCAGAGAGACAACCCCGAAUGGACUUCAGAUACCAUACCACGAGAUGCAUUUACUAGAUUUGGUGCCAAACUGGUAGAAAUUGAGAACCAUAUACUUGCAAGGAACACUGACAAGAAAUAUAAGAACCGGACCGGCCCUGUAAAGAUGCCUUAUACCUUGCUAAUUCCUAACAGCUCUGAUUAUAGCAAGGUUGGAGGACUUACAGGCAAGGGAAUUCCCAACAGUAUCUCAAUCUGAAGCGCAAAAGGACCGUACCUGGAAUUUGAAUCGUGUAGAUAUCAGGAAGCUAUACAUACUCCAAAAAAUAUUUUUGGCUUGCCAACUUUUAAAUCUCCCAGUUUUAUGCAGAGUUUUGUCACUUGUUCUUCUUCUUGUUACCUUGUAUCAAUUACUGUAGAAAAUCGUUGUUUACCUGUUUGUGUUUCUUUUCCA